ACCAAUAUUUAAAUGUCAGAAUCAGCUGUGGUAGGAGGUGUGUUAUGACUUUUUCAAAUAUUGUUUAAACAGAUAAUAAUAAAGAAUAACUUAAUAGUAGUUAUAUGAGCUUUGAAGAUUGAUAAUGGUAUCCGUACACGAUAAGUGGAUCAGAAUUUUUGAUAUUCCCGAUGUUCGAAAACAUAAGAAUGGAUUUACAAUAUAUAAAGUAGUUUCAAUGUUAUAUCCAGAGAACUGUCCUGAUGCUGUUACUCGAGUAAUUGUAUGGAAAAGAUUCAACGAUUUUCGGAGAUUGAAUAGAGAACUUAAAGGGUUAUACAAGAAGUUAACAACAAACAAAGAUUUUCCCAACUUACCUGCUAAAACAGUUUUAAAAAGGUUUGAUGAUGAAACUAUUCAGGAACGAAAACAAAGUAUCUUGAAUUUUCUGGAAUUUAUUGGGGCGAAUAGUCAAUUGUUCACUUGCAAAGAAUUUGCAAAAUUUCUUGAGACCAGUUAUACUCCAGUAGAACAUUUAAGUAGUAAUAUCAAUUCUAUAAGAGCAGAAUUGAAACUUCCAGAAGAUCCUGAAGUUAGUACCACUCUUUCUGAAGAUGACAUUACUAUCAGUGAUACAGAUUCUGUAUCCACUGUGUACAGCUUAAAUUACACUUCUCAGAUAGAUACAUUGACAGAAUCCACAAAAUUACAUCUACAUCAUCCAAAACUACAAAAAUUCAAUUCAUCAACCUCCAUAAACUCUCAUACAUCAUCAAAUAAUUCAGAUUUAUCUAACAUAACAAAUAUAUUUGAUAACAUGAGCUUAUUAGAUGGACAAGGUCUUCCAUUUAUAAAGAACUUGGAUGAGAAUGUACAAUAUAUUCUUGAUGCUUCUGUACACAUAAAUUUAGCCUCUGAGCUGGAGGAAGAUAGAAAAUAUCAAGAGGCUCAUAUUGCUUAUAAUACGGCGAUUGAUAUUUUAGUUAAAUAUGGAAUUGAUGAUACCAAUUAUGAAAGAAGGCAACUAGUGAAAUACAAAGUGGAUAAAUACAAAAUACAUGCUGAAAAAAUAUACAACAUGUACUUGUCUCCAGAAAUAAAAGAUCUUCAGUUUACGACUGAACCUGAAGAAGAAGAACAUCCAAUUAAAAGGCCGUUAUUUGAUCUUUACAAAUACAAAGUGGUUAAAAUUCUAAAUAAUACAGGAAUUUUGGUUCUUCAUUCUGAAUUACAGAAAUUAUUUUAUAUUAAAAUUAUUCAGAAGACCUCUCAGUUCCUAGAAGAAAAUUUAAUAUUGCCUAAGCAUGUGCCUUAUAUGGUCAGACUUGACAGUCAUUAUAAUUGUGAAAAUGCUGUUUUUUUAGUAUUAGAAUAUUGUAGUGGUGUGAAACUGUCAGAUUAUCUUAAGAGACAAGUCGACGACCCAAUGUUUAAAAAAACUAAUGAAAUUCUAACUUGUCAAUUUCAAGAUGAAUCAGACAAUGAAUCAGAACUAAGCUUUACUGAGCUGAUAAAUGAUUAUAAUAAUUCCAGAAUGGCAACUUCUAGUCAGAAACGUUCCAAUAGAGAUUAUUUUAAAGAUGACAAAAAUAGAUGUAGUAGUGAUGAUAGUUUUGAGAAAAUCGAUAUGGAAGGUCACCCUGUUGAAAAAACAGUUUCUGAACAAAAUUUGGAUAUUGAACAAUCAAGUACAUCUAAUGACACGAUUUUUACAGAACAAAUUUUUCGCCAACAAAAGUAUACUAGACGAAAAGAUAAAGAUACUGAUAAAACUAUUAGUAGUAGCAGGAAGCAAAGUACAGCUAGUAGCCAAAGAAGUCAGUUUUCAAGUUUUGACAUGGAAACGUUUACGGAUAGGAUACUUGUGCCAGAUUACAUAGUUGUAAAAUGGACUGCUCAGUUGUUAAUUGCCUUGGAUAAAUUACACACGUUAGGAGUUAUAUGCAGAGAUUUGCAAAUGAAAAAUUUACUUAUAGAUGACAAUGACAAUUUGGUAUUAACCUAUAUGUGUAAUAUUAAAGAAUUACGUGACUUAUUUUCAACUAAUAUUAACUACAACUUAGCACCAGAAGUAUACAGCUUCCAUCAAGUAACUAAUUCAGCUGAUUGGUUCAGUUUUGGAGCGAUACUGUAUGAGCUGCUUGUAGGCAAACCUCUAUCAGAAAUACAUUUAAAUGGUUUAAGUAGUUGUACCUGUCUAAGAAUUCCAAGAUAUGUUUCUCCGGAAGGAAGAUCGAUUUUAAAACAGUUACUUACCUAUGAUCCAGAGGAUAGAUUAGGUAGCGGCAUCAAUGGUACAGAGAACAUUAAGUCGCAUCCUUUUUUUAAAUCAGUAUCCUGGAAUUCCUUAAUUUGAUUUCAUUACUCUUUUGCUUACUAUGUGAUAAUUUUUGUUGCAUUUAAUGUUUUGUUUGUCACAUUCUAUGUGAGUUUAUUUUUUAAUUGUAUUUAUAAAGUUUUGCUUGGCAGCAUAAAGUUAUUGCUGUAUAUAUUUUGUAAAUAGCUAUAACAUCUGUGUUAUUUAAAUACACGUUAUCACUGUCUAAUCGAAUAAUUUGAUUACCGAAACGAAUUUUUAUAGAAAUUGUAGUGAUACAAAAUACUCUAGCUAUUACCACUAAAUAAAAAAAUACCAUAACUGCUUAAUUUUUCUUUAAAGUGAUACGGAAUGACACUUCGUCAUAAUUUUAGUUAUACAGAAUGUAUUUGAUUCAUAAUUUUAUAAUUCUUGAUUUACUAUUUGAAAUAUACUAAUUGAAUCAUA